CGGCGAGUUCAGAGCUUACCAUCAAGUUGGACAAGUUUAGCAGAUGCCUUGUUUCUUUAUUUGCUUUCUAGGGUCAAGAGCUGUCAGGGGCAAGGUUCCUACUGCUGCUGGUGCAUUGCAUGAGAUGGGAGCUGAGCAAGGGGCCAGGCUGCAGCCAAUAAGAAAGAUCGGGAAGAGGAGAGCGGUGGGUGCAGAUGACCGGCAGGCCUGGACGGCAUAUCAUUCAAACUGCUGUGCUGAACUGGUCAGGAGGGUGCAGCAAUGGCCAGGCUUGCAGAGAUGUGCCGUGCACUUGCUGGACCACAGAGGCCACCAGCGAGGCUGAGGCAUGGCGAGGCAGGCUGUGGAGAUGCUGCUGGAGAGGGAAACGUAGCAGUCUCAUAACAAUCCUUACCCAGGAGUGCUGACCAUCCUAAAGAGUAAUCAUCAGGCGCCGUUUGGAGAGCGACAGCAGAACCGGUUUCGUGGAGGAUUUCGCUCUGCGAUCUCUCAGCCCGGAGUGAGCAGGUCAGGAUCGGUCCUUGGGCAACGCUGCCGGAGACGCCGGCAGGGGUCGAGCUGGGAGGGGAGCGAGGGGCUCUUGUGCUUUCAGGCCUGUGGCCCGCGUCCAGAGAAAGUGCGACGCAUCAAGACGGAGCCGACAGGACCCUGCCCUUGGCGUGAGGGGCUGAGUAACGCUCCCUGCAGUCAUGUGUGUAGGGUGCAGGAGCUGGGCAUGCUCUGGAUGCCACCCCCUGCUGAGGCCAUGAUGAGAAAUGUUUCUCCUUGAACUCUGCAUGUUUUAUCUCCAAUCCAGAACAUCAUUUCUCACACCGGUGUCGUACCUCUUCCCAAAGCUACCUGGGACAGGGCUCCCCUCCCCGCCAGGAUGGCUGGAGCGCGGUGCACAGCCAGUGUGGACUGGACCCCGGUUACAAUCCACUUAGAGCCACCAGUCUUGAUGGCGCAGAGCAGGACACUUGGUCUUUCCUGGGCACCAACACGCAUGGAGUAAAGCUGCAGGCACAAGCCAGUAGCGCCUGUGAUGUGGAACAAGGCCAGCGCAGGGUGGCAGGACUUUCUGUUGGGUGGCAGGAAAGGGCCAGGAAGAGAAGAUCAGGGAAGAAGAGGGGUCCUGGCAUGGGCAAACAGAGAGGGGACUAGGCGGGGGGGAGGAGAGGUGUAGUUUUGUUUUGGGGGAAGAGGCUGUGCACAAGGAUGGCUUCCAACAGGAUGGCAUAGUCCCUUUCAGGGGUAGGUGUCCCCCCAUCGGCGGCAGCGACUGCAGCUUGAGGCGGCGAGGGACAUCCAUCGGAGGAGAGGCAGGAGACCUUAGUCCAGAGCCGGAGGGAGGAGUGCGGCGUCACCAGGGCCUGUGAGCACCCGCCCAGCAGCGCUCCAUCCCCCAGGGCAGGAUGGACAGGCUGCGGCAGGUGCUCAGGAGGAGGUCGGCCAAGGUGCUCUCCAUGGGAGAGGAGAGCAGCAGGGAGCCUGGGCAGGAGGAGCGGGGCCCCACCUGCCGUGAUGAGGAGGGGCCCAUCAGGGCAAGGAGCUGGCUGUGCCCCAUCUGCUGCCGAAGUAAACUGGCAGCUCCCAGCGGCAGGGGAAAGGAGGGAAAGAAAUCAGCCACCUCCAAGUCCAGAUGGAGGUGGCCAUGGGUGCGCCUGGGCAGGCGGGAGCCAGCGGCAUCACAGCUCCCGGCACCUGAAGAGCCGUGCAGCUCCCCUCCUGGGUCAUGGGGCAGCCUGGAGCCCGGCCCUGCAGCCCCGCAGCAGGAGGCAGCCCCGUGCCGAGCCGGGGACGAGGGCCCAGCUGCCCUGGGGCAGGAGCUGAGCCAGGCCCACAGCAGCCCCUGCCUGAGCCGCAGCUCCUCCUGGGAUGACUGGCACACGUCCCAGGAGUCCGGGAGCACCAGCACCAGCUCCUCCUCCUCCUCCUCCUCGGACUCUGAAAAGUCCCAAGAGGCCCAAAGCACCAGCACGAGCAUGAGCAGCAGCUCCUCCUCGGAGGACAGCGAUAGCUCGGAGGAGUCCAACACCACCAGUUCGACCAGCAGCUCCUCCUCGGAGGACUCCAGUAGCUCCCUGGAGUCUGGGACCAGCCCGGCCCCCGGUGCCACCUGCACAGUGAUUCCCAGCCCAGCCGGCGAGGAGCUGGAGGAAGAGGAGGAGGAAGAGGAGGAGGAGGAGGAAGAUGGAAGGUCCCCGGAAGAAGCUGCCCUCCUCCUUGUGAAGAAACACCUGCAGGACCCCGGGGAGAUGCUGGACGGGAAGGACAGGCAGCGCUUCCUGCUGGCCAUCAUCAGCCUGACCAUCGCCGCGGACCAGAGCAGAGAGGUGGCUGUGGAGCUGGAGGACCUGAAAGCGGCCGUGCUGGAGAGGAUCGUGGACCUGAUGGAGACCAUCUCAGUGGAGGGCGACCGAAAACACAUCCUGGCGUACAGCAUAGACGCCAUCCGCUGCCUCAGCGACCCGAAGCUCAGCCUGGAGCCAGCGCUGGAGUCGCGCCUCCUGCGGGCCGCCGUGGAGAAGAGCUUCCUGGCCAUAGGGCGUGAAACCCAUCGAAACCAGGUCGUGCAGCGACUGUACGAGGAGUACCUGGAGGGCCUGCUGUGCUGCGUCUUGUCCAGCGCCCCCAGCCUGGGCAAGCUCUACUCCAUCUGGGAGCACUUUACAUCGUGGACUGAGGCGCCGGAUGCCCAGCACCGUGCACUGGGCAUGAAGAUCAUGACCGGCGCCAUUGCCUUUGCUGUGCAGCUCCUCCCACAAUUUGAGGGCUCCUCUGACAUACUGGAGGUGGGGGACAUGGCAGCCCGCCUGGGUCUGUCCAUCAACGACCCGGAGGAGACCAUCAGCUGCAAGGCCAGGGCGUGCAUGUAUUUGCUGGCUCAAAUCCUCCUUCAUCAGAGGGGCCAAGACAUGCGAGGGGCAGAGGAGCUGCGGUGCAAGCGCCAGAACGAUCAGAGCCAGGUCCAGAAGUACAGGGACCUGGCGAGAGUGGGAGAGGGGCUGAGAAAGAUCUUGCUGGAGGAGCAAAGGAGAGCUUUCCUGCAGAGGGCCCUUCAUGCAGUUCGCAAUGGACCGAUGCACAUCAGCCAAGCUGGGCUGGUUUUCCUGUAUGCAAUCUUGGGGGAAGCCGGCCGCUUGAUGGGGCACAAGGAGAAAGAAAUCCCCAUCAGGGUCCUGAAUAAGGUCUUCAUUAUCACCUACCUGAAGGAGCUGCCUAAAGAUCUGCAAGGGCACAGCCUGCUGGUCACCUCCUCCAGCGCCAUCGCCUCUCUCCAGCCGCCCACACUUGCUCCUGCAGCAACACCUGCAGACCACCUCAACCCUGACAGCACCUCCAUGAGAGAAGAUGACCUCCCCAACCUCACCGGGAGCCCGAUGGCUACAGAGAAAAGCUGCAACAGCGCUGAAGCCACCACACACGUCACCGACUGACAAGUCAUCAUCCAGUCUGAGCCGUCCGCCACAGCCAAGUCAGCCUCUGCAAGAGGAGCAGCCUGAGAAACCCUCGUGGUGAAGAACUUGAAUAUCUUCCAGACCAGCUCUGCAAAGGGCUGGGGAAAGACCAGGCACCAUGAGUUUGUAGUGCCCAGGUUGCCAAGUGGAGGAUGCUCUUGUUGUGUGGAUGGCAUUUUGUGACCCCUGCCUCAGGGCUUUGGCCGGUCGCCAUUUGGGGCCAGGAAGGAAUUUUUUCCCCCUUCAUUUAUGGAACCAACUUCGGGGGGUUUUUCGCCUUCCUCUGAGGCAUCGGGACAUAAUCAGACCAUCCCGGCGUCUGUUGUGUUAGUAGCCUGUCCUUGAAUCCAUCGAGAGCCAUUCAGGGAGUGAAGAGAGCAAAGGCAUAAACCACGUGCACUGUUGAAUAUAGAUUUAGUGUAAUGUGUCAUGUUGAACAUAGAUGUUAUAGAAACUAAGAGGAGAUGUAGGAUAAUAAAGUUAAGCUUUAGUUUUCUUUUCUUAUAA